AUGCCUCAUGUUAGUUUGACUAAUCCAAGAUUGUUUACAUCCGAUAAUCUCCAUCUUCCAAAAUAUCUUCAAUGUGCAUAUCAUAAUCGAACUCAACUUGAAUAUGGUCGUUCUCAUUUUGCUCGUAGUCGAGUAAUUAUUUGUGGAAUGAUUCGUGAUCGUGAAAAUCAAAUUGAUCGCCUUCGACAGCAAAUUGAAUCUAUAACGAAACUUUUCGAUGAUUACGCUGUUGUUAUUGUUGAGAAUGAUUCAACGGAUAAAACUCGACAGAAAUUAAUUCAUUGGGCUGAAGAUAAAGAAGUCGCAGGUCGAAUUCAUGUCAUCGGAUGUGGAAAUCGAAUCAAUGAUCCUUCCUCAUGCAAUCUAUCACUAGCUCCUACACAACCUAAGGCUGGUGCAAAUCUAUUACGUAUUGAAAAAAUGGUACAGCUGAGAAAUCUUUAUAUGAUAUAUCUGGAAAAUAAUAUACAAUUUGCAAACUAUGAAUAUAUUCUUAUUCAAGAUUUUGAUCUAUGGGGUUAUACAUAUAUUGAUGGAUUUCUUUCUACCGGUUUCUAUUUGAGUACAGAUCCUACUAUUGAUGCAAUUUGUUCUAAUGGUAUUCGUCAUAAUGAAUUCUUAGCUGGUUUAAUUUCGUACAAAACCUAUUUUGAUCCCUAUGCUCAUAAAGAUGAAUUUGAUCAAAAGUGGACUGUUAAUUCGAACAAUCUUUGGUCUUCAAUUUUUCGUUAUUAUUUAUGUAACAAUCAUCUUAUAAAAGUACAAUCAUGUUUUUCUGGUCAAACUAUUUAUCGACGUCAAAGUUUGAAAGGUAAACGCUAUCGAACAUAUCUUAAUUUUAAUCAACAACCAAUUUGUGAACAUGUUGGAUUACAUGAGACAUUGGAGAAUAUCUAUUUAAAUAGUGAAAUGAUAUUUUAUAUUAUGGAAAAUAAUCUUUCAUAG